GUUGAGCUCCAACAGUACAUGGCCUCUGACCAUGAGCGCCUCCGCGCUCUCAAGGCCUUCGACGACACCAAGGCCGGCGUCAAAGGCCUGGUCGACGCCGGCGUCACCGCCGUCCCCUCCAUCUUCCACCACCCACCCGAGCCCCUCCCAGUCGACGCCGAGCCUCAUCAUUUCGCCAUCCCGGUCAUCGACCUCGCUGGCGCCGAGCGGGCCGAGCUGGUCGCCCAGCUGAAGGCAGCAGCGGAGACGGUGGGCUUCUUCCAGGUUGUGAACCACGGCGUGCCGGAGGACCUGCUCGCCGAGAUGCUCGCGGCGGUGCGGAGCUUCAUCGAGGAGCCGGCGGAGGCCAAGGCGCCGUACUACACCAGGGACUUCGGGCGGCGCGUGCGGUACCAGAGCAACUUCGACCUGUUCCAGUCGCCCGCGGCUAACUGGCGCGACAGCCUGUACAUGGAGAUGGCGCCGGAUCCGCCGGCGCCCGAGGAGAUCCCGCCGGCGUGCAGGGGCGUCGCGCCGGAGUACGUGAGGCUGGUGCGGGAGCUGUACAGCGAGCUGCUCGGGCUGCUGUCGGAAGCGCUGGGCCUCCGGCGAGGGUACCUGGAGCAGGACGCCGCAUGCCUGGACGGGCUCAACUUCGCAGGCCACUACUACCCGGCGUGCCCGGAGCCGCACCUCACGCUGGGCACCACCAGGCACUCCGACCCCAGCUUCCUCACCGUGCUCCUUCAAGACGCCGUCGGCGGCCUCCAGGUCCUCGUCGACGGGAAGAAGUGGGUGGAGGUGCCGCCGGUGUCGGGGGCGCUGGUGGUGAACGUCGGUGACUUCCUGCAGCUCGUGUCAAACGACAGGUUCAAGAGCGUGGAGCACCGCGUGGUGGCGAGCAGCGUGGGGCCGAGAAUCUCGGUGGCAUGCUUCUUCCGGACAAGCGGCGCGGCCGCGUCCACGAGAGUUCUGCGGCCGAUCGUCACCGGCGGUGAUGGCGAGGCGCGGUACAGGAGCGCCACGGUGGAGGAGCUGCUGCGGCACUACAGGGCCAAAGGCCUCGACGGCACCUCUGCGCUCCAGCACUUCAAGCUCUGAAAGUCUGAAUCUAAUCGAAUCCGCCUGCAAAGAAUGAAAAGAAAAUGUAAUCGAAUUCACUAUUCUGCUUCUGAUUUUUUUUUUAGGAGAUGUCGCAUCUCCAAUAUUAACCGUUGGUCAUGCUUCUUCUCUUCCGGUAUUCUACAUGUUGAA